CGCGCCUCGAGCGGCUCUACUGUUCGCGCACAUCGCCGGCGACGCGUGGCGGAGGAGCCGGAGGAGGAAGGAGUAGGUCAGCAAUGCUGCCUGGGUCGUGGAUUUCAUCAGGUCUCUUCUCUUCCAGUGCGUGUUAGGUAUGCCGUUAGCUGCCGACCAACGUUUUGGCCAAGACAAGAUCCAGAUGUCCUCCGUCAGGAGGGAGCAAAGAUACGGAACAAGUUCAGUUUCAGAUUAGAAUUCAAUGUCAGAAUGUUGGAUUGGGAAAUGCGAAUGAUUCCCUUCUUUCUUUUGCUCUGCUAUUUUCCAUAAGCGGCCAUCUGUUCAUGGUUGUGCAAACCUGCAAAGUAGCACUGUUAACUGAAACAUGCAAAAAUGAUGAUCCACCUGUGCAUGCUACUGAUUUUGAAGCCCUUACUAUAUAGCUGAAACAUUUUGCUUUGUCCCCCGUAAUUGACGAUUACGAUGCUAGAUCAGUAAGCGACGCAUCCUUUUUUUUUUGAUGUAGGAAUGUAGCAUGAAUCGUGCAGAGGACUCCAAAAUGCAUCACUAGGAAUUAUGAAUCUUUUUGGAAACAGUUAACCUGUUACUGUCACUCAGGGUCCCUGUGCUAGAUGGCAUCUUCUACUCUGAAACCAGGUGUGCCUAUCACUCUGCAAGAGCUUGAGCCCUCCUCGGAGAUGUUCAAGCAAGGGGCAUCCAUCCGAGUAACAGGAACCCUUCAGUCAUACGAUGUGGACUCCGCGGUUGCCGUCAUACGAGAUGGCAGCGCGACGCUUAGAAUUGACACCCAGCACCUGAGGGAAAUCGGUUUCCGCAGCGGCUCUAUGUUCCAGUUCAUCGGCGAGCUCCUGAUCCGGCCAAACAACGACGCGAUUCUGCAAGCACGUGUGGGCAGGAACGUUGAUGGCCUUGACCUGAACCUUUACCAGCAGUCUCUGAUCAUCCGGCGGCAGCAUAAAGCCAGACUGCUGAGGAGGGAUUGAUCCAAAGCUGUGAAGCAGGCUCAUGCCUCAUUUCAGUUCCGGAGGACAUAAUCACCUCGACUCGACAAUCCUGGGCUUCAAUUUUUUAGAUGGGUGCAAACCUACAAAGUAGUACUAGUAGCUGUUAACUGAAUUUCCUGAGCACAGAGUAUUUCUCUGUGACCACCUCAUUUUCAAGGCUUUUCAUGCUCAUUUUAUUUGAGGGUCCAUACAUCGUUUCACAUCGUUUUUGUGGGCUGGCAUUCCCUUGCAGCAGAGGUGUAGUCUUGACAGAUUUAGCUGCAGAGUGAUGUCCUAUCUAUUGUGAACAAUUUGGAGCCUGACUUGCUAUAUAUUUGCUAAAUUGAAAUAAAUAGCAUGGUGGUUCUCUGUCUUC